UGUUAUCCCUCUGCAGCAUACUAUUUUCAUUCUCAAUGUUUUUUUUUUCUUUUUUUCUUUUAAUAACUCUAAACACACAGGGUUUUUCCGUUUCGUUAAUUAAUGUUGAUAAAUCAUUGUUUACCAUACCAGCAGCUAUCUGAACAAACUCGUAGUGUACUACAUACAUUUUAUUUAUUUUUGUCACAUUUUGCGGUAUAAUUGUAUUUAAUUUAUUUAUUUUGCAGUUUUUUUUUUUUGGUUUACUAAGAGGUAGCUGAACAUACUCGUAGUAUAUACCAAAAGUUGCUUGUGAUUACUGUAAUGAUUGUUGUUUAAAGACAUGGUAGGGUUUUUGGUUUCGGUGAUUGUUCUGUUUAGUUUAGUUAUCGUGCUCGUGUGUAAGAAAACUUGUUCGGUAAACUAUUGUGAACUUCCAACUUUUUUCUUCUUCAUGAUCUUACCAAAAUUAAGAAUAUGUUUUCCUAUAAGGUCUCGUGGUGGUGAUUGUUCUAAGUAUUUUGUUAGGGGGAAGAAUCGAAUUCACCACCGUUUCCUCCCGCCGUUCUCUUUUUACCAUUUAACCAACCUUAUAACUCCUGAUGUGUGAAGAAAUGAAGUUAGAAGAACGUGGUUUGAGUUUUGGAUUAUUAUUUUUCUGAAAGUUAUACUUAUAAUAUAUACCCUUUACAGUAGACUUUACCGUUUCUUCUCCUUUAAAGUUUCAGGUAGUCUGGGAUCAAGCAUCUUCAUAUCGUGAUAGAUACUGUUGUCUGUGACAUGAAUGCCGAGACUCUUGCUAGGUAUGCCCAUUCUCGGUGCAUUGAGGGAUUGACUAAAGAAUGUAAAGACAACGCACAAGAAAAUUCUCAUUCUCAUGUGAAAGAUAAAAAAGGUGGAGAGGAAGUUGUGUGUUCCAAUUGCGUGCGAGGUGGAGUACUUUUAUCUUGCUCUGGAAAAGGAUGUCAAAGGAGGUACCAUCCCUCUUGUGUGGAUCCUCCUCUCAAUUACAUUCCUUUGGGGUUUUGGCAUUGUAUCUGGUGCACUAAGAAAAAGAUGGAGCUUGGUGUGCAUUCCGUUUCUAAAGGAGUGAAAUCCAUUUUGGAUUCUAGAGAAGUGGUUUCAAAAAAUAAAGUGAUGCAAAGGGAGUACUUUGUCACGUAUCAUGGUCUUGCUCAUGCUCACAACCGCUGGAUUCCAGAAUCAAAAUUGCUUCUCGAGGCUCCUAAGCUCUUGGCCAAGUUUAAGAGGAAACUGCAGGUUACCACCAGGUGGAAAAGAGAUUGGAGUAUACCCCACCGUUUGCUGCUAAAAAGGGAAAUUGUAUUUUCAAAACAAAAUGAUCAACAUUUUGAUGGGCAUGGUGACAAUGGUUCAAAUUGCCGUUAUGAGUGGCUUGUCAAAUGGAGGGGUCUUGGUUAUGAUAAUGCUACUUGGGAGUUAGAUGAUGCUUCAUUUUUGACGUCACCUGAAGGCAGGAAAGUCAUAGAUGAUUACGAAAGUCGUCGCAAGAGAGCAGAGAGACUGUCAAAAAAUCAUUUUGAAGCUAAUGAGGAGAGAAAAGCUUCCUUUUCUGAAUUAUCAGUGUUGCCAACUGGAGAUUCGCCAGGAUUUUAUAACCAGCAUUUGACUUAUGUGAACAAGCUUCGCAUGUGUUGGCACAAAGGUCAGAGUGCUCUUAUUGUAGAUGAUCAAAUUGACCAGGAGCGGGUUAUGAAGGUGAUUUUGUUUAUAUUAUCUUUGAAUUGUAAUGUGAGGAGGCCUUUUCUCAUCAUCUCAACUUCUGCUGCCCUCUCUGUAUGGGAAACAGAGUUCUUACGUUUGGCACCAUCUGCCAAUCUUGUAGUUUACAAGGGAGACAGAGAUGCACGGAGUAGCAUCAGGGCAUUAGAGUUUUUUAAUGAACAUGGUGGAAUAUUAUUUCAAAUACUGUUAUCAUCUUCUCAUAUUAUUGUUAAGGACUUGCAUGAACUAAGAUGCAUUACAUGGGAAGCAAUAAUAAUUGAUGAAUGCCAGCAAUCCAGACUUUCAGGACACUUGGACGAUAUCAAGAUUCUAAAAGCUGAAAUGAGACUCCUUCUUGUUAGUGGACAAAUCAAGGAAGAUCAAGCUGAUUAUAUCAAACUGCUUUCAUUACUCAAGUCCGGACAGCAUGGAUCAAGUAUUGCUCAAGUGGAAACUUAUUUCUCUGCUUCUUCUACCAUUUCCAAUUUGAAGAGUCAAUUGGAAAAAUAUGUUGUAUUCAAAUGCAAAUCUGGCUCCACUAGGUUUGUAGAGUAUUGGGUUCCAGCCUGCCUUUCCCAUUUGCAGCUUGAGCAGUAUUGUUCAAUGCUGCUUUCAAACUUAAUGUUGUUAUGCUCAGGCCAAAAGUCCGACUCAGUUGAUGCCCUCCAUGACCUUAUUAUCUCAAUAAGGAAGUGCUGUGACCACCCUUAUCUCCUGAACCCGGAACUGCAAAGUUUUGUUACUAAAGGUCUACCUGAUGAAGAGCGUUUAAAUAUUGGUAUACAAGCAAGUGGAAAACUGCAACUCCUUGAAAAAAUCCUUUUGGAAGCAAGAAGUCGUGGGUUAAGGGUGUUAAUAUUAUUUCAGUCAACUUGUGGCUCUGGAUCAAUUGGAGAUAUUUUGGAUGAUGUUCUCUGUCAGAGAUUUGGUAAGGAUUGCUAUGUACGAUAUGAUAGAGGUUAUACCCCAAAAUCAAAGCAAGCUGCUUUAGACACAUUUAAUGAUGGAGAAAGUGGAAAAUUUGUCUUCUUGAUGGAAAACCGUGCCUGUCUCUCUAGUGUUAAGCUUUCUUCAGUGGACACUGUUAUAUUGUUUGACAGUGAUUUGGAACCACAAAAUGACCUAAGAGGCUUACAAAGGAUGUCUAUCAGCUCACAGUUUAAACAGAUUACUGUUUUCAGAUUGUACUCAUUUUUCACUGUUGAAGAAAAAAUUUUAAUGCUUGCAAAAGAGGGUAUAGCUCUUGACAGCAAUGUGCGAUUGCUUAGCCAGAGUAUUUGUCCCACCCUGCUAAAAUGGGGGGCCUCCUAUUUGUUCAAUAAGCUUGAUGAUUUGCAUGCCAGUGUUGUUUCUACUCCAGACACUGUAGAUAUGUCACUUCUAUGUGAUACAACCUCUGAAUUAUCAUCCCAAUUGGUUUGUGGUGCUGAUGAUACUGAUUGUCAUGGAUGGUCAUUCAUAUCAAGAAUACAGCAGAAUGGAGGGGAAUAUGCGAGGGAUGUUUUAUUGCCAGGAGAAAGAAUAAUGAAAUCUGGCGGUGAGCCAUGUGGUUUUUCCUGGAGUGAUCUUGAAGGAAGGCAUCCUAAAUGGAAAUUUUUGCCUGUUUCAUCUCAGAGGAUCAGGAACACAGUCAAACAUUUUGAUUACGGACUAAGAGAAUCUGAAUGUGAAAAAUACACCUUUAUAGAAAAGAGGACAGCGUCGAAGGAUAAUGUUGAUCCCAAGAGGAGAAAAGUGUCCAAGGAUAAUGCUGAUCCUGAGUGGAGCAAAUGGACCAUGAAUAAAGUUGAUCCCAAGAGGAGAAAGGUGUCCAAUGAUGUUGUUGAUUCUAAAGGAAGGGAAGUGUCCAGGAAUAUUGUUGAUUCCAAAUAUUGGAAAACAAGGUUGAAGAGCAAGAAGAAUACAAGUGUUGUCAAUAGAGCAAAUAAAUCAAAUGGGCAUCCCUUGACCAAUGAAACUACGGGAAAAAUUGCAACGAACAUGCAAUUUUCAGAGAAAAAGAACCCGCCUGACAUACGAAAUUUGCCAAAGCCAGAUAUAUCAGGUCUUUGCGACAUUCUACGUUUUUCGAAAAAAGUCAAGGCUGUCGCCAUGAGGAUUCUUGAGCACAUAUUCAAACAUUACAAUGUUAAUUGCCAAGAAGUUUCUACUGUACAGGCUUUUGAAAUAUCUGUGUGUUGGCUAGCAGCUUGUUUGUUGGAACAUGAGAUUGAUAUGAAAGAUUCACUUGCUCUAGCAAAACUGUACUUGAACUUCGAUUGCAAGGAAGAGGAAGCCACCGAUGUUUACUCAGAACUGUGGAAGCAUGUGAAGGAUUUUUCUAAUUGUGUACAAAAUGGACUUUGCGUCGAGAAAUGCAAUAGAAGUGGUGCUUCAGACUCCAACAUGCCUGAGCUGAAUGAUUUGGCAGAGGAGGAGAAGCAGAAGGAUUUUCUGGGUACUUGUGUUUCAAAACUUGUGAAAUCUGUCACAAAUGAACUCAAUCUUCAAAUGAAAUCUCCCACAACAGUGGUUUCACAAGACCUGAGUUGUACUCAUGAAAUUUGUUUAUCUCCAAAUACACCUGGUAGUUUUCCUGUGGAAGGAGAUGCUAUCUCCAUGGAAUCUGGCUCAGAAGAUGACAGAGUGAACGCUAUAACAUUAAUAACUGCAGAAGAUUCAUCCGUUGAUCACGGGAGUAAUGAUGUCAACCCUGUUACUGGUUCUUUGGAAAGACAGAGCCCUAUUAGAAGUACAGAUAUUACACAAUCUGAUGGCAAUGUUUUUGAAGAUCCUCAAAUUUUAGUGAAUAAAGUGGUUGCUAUUGACAAUGGUAUGAAUAUGUCUACUCAUUCUGCGCAGCUUGACAGUGUUGAGGCAGAUGCUGGAACUUCUGCUAGUACUGCUGUUCCUGAGGUCAGACGGUGGUACAGUGUAAUGAGUCCUGUAUGUGAUGAGUCAACUGCUCUGAAGUUUCCUGAGACUACCUUACCAUAUAUGCAACCAUCGGAUUCAAAUUUGUGGCCAUUGCCUCAGAUGGCAAUGUCUGCUAUUCCAUCUUUUCCGGAGAACAAUGCGGCUAGUACAGUCAUGCCUCUAGAUGAUAUUUUUCGUCAUAGUGGUGAGGAUCAUCGCUAUAUUCAUGAGGCUGAAGUAAUAUUGGAAGCACCAAAGGACCUUAACUCUUCCUUUGUUUCACCUGUGAUACCGCAACCCUUCACUAGUGUGCCCAUGAAUGAAAAUGCGACAAAUUCACCUCACGGCAUUACUAUUCCUGGAUUUAUGAACAGUGAUUACUCUGAAGCUCACUCUGUGACAUCUGAAGUGUCCCACCUUGCCUACACAGACCCACUACUGGGUGAAAUGUCGAUAAUAGAAAACAUGAAUGAAGAAGCUUUCAUAGAUCUACUACCAAUAGAAAUGGAGAGAAUUGAAAAGGAGAAAGAAGAAGCCUUCAAGAUACAUGAGCAAAAGAUAUUGCAGCUCCAAUCUGACUAUGAAAAGGAGGUUGAAAAGUUAAGUGUAAAGUACAAGAUGUUGCUUCAGAAUGUUAAUACUGAAGUAGCUCUAAAAAGAACGGAACUUGAGACACAAUGUGAAUUAGUGUUAAGGAACAAGGUAUUAGCUCAAGUUUGGACCCAUAAUCUUGAUAGUUGUGAAGGAGAUGUUGUACAGUGCACAGAACAAGAGGCAAUGCCUAGUUCUCAUAAGACUGCUCAAGACUAAAUUCACCGAACGUCCUCUCCUACGGUGAUGAUUAAUCCUUGGACCACCAUUCCAGAAAUCAACCCCGUUAGAGCAUGCUUUGAUCCACAUGAUUCAGUUGUGCAACAAUCAUGAUGGCUAUGAUUUACUAGCCCUGUCUCCACCGAGAGACUCUGCUGCUGCUUCAUCUUAUUCAGUACCUCUCAUUCCAAAUCAAUGGAGUGGGAUAUCAGACCAGCAUUUGCCACCCGGUUAAACUUUUUUUUUAAAGGCACUUGACUGAUGUACUUAUAUACCAAAUUCUGAACCAUGGUGGUGAAAUGAAUGUAAAUAGUUACCUUAAAGACAGUGAAAGAGAAAAACAAAAUGAAAGAUAGUGUAGUCUAUAAGUGAACAAGAUUGAAAAAAAAGUUUCUAUUGUGUGCUCAAGUACAUGAUAAGAAAUAAAAAGUAGAUAGUUAUUAUUAGAAAAUGA